CAGCUACGAUUUCCGAAAGGGGCAAGAUCAGGGAGCGAGGCAGGCUCCUGGCCUGUGUUCUUCAGCGGGAGCCCUCUGCCCUUCUCUCGUCCUUUCGACUGGUCAGGCCUCGGGGUCAGACGUCGCGGCGGGAGACAGCCAGCCGGGCCUCGCGGUCCUUGUUUACUCCUUAACGAUCGAUCUCUCUUGUAGUCCUUCGCCAGAGCCAGCUCAGCUCCGGGCUGAGAAAGCCAAGCAGGGAAGCCUCCCUGUAUGCCAGAGCCACCCUCCAGCCGGCCUGGGGGCCAAUGACAGGUUGAGAGCUCAAGAGGGCGUUGCAGGAAAAAAAUCCACUCGAGGUGACAGCCAAACUCCUCCUAUCCUCACAAUGCUUUGGCGUGUAUUGUGGGGAACAUGGCAGAUGGAGAUUAGAAGCGGGGCGGCUGCUGUGGCUUCGGCGACUCCUGGCUCCCGCGCCACUUGUUGGCUGCCCUUCGGUGCCCUUGCAUUCGAGACGGCGAGGAUGCAGUAGGGCGAUUGCAGAGGAUGGAGCCUUAGAAACAAGCGAUCGGGUUGGUCGGGAUUUUUUUUUUUAAAAAAAUCACCGGAUUACUUGAAUGCCCGCGUGUGCGCAGCGCAGGCACGGGGAGCUCGUGGCCGUGCGCGCUUGGGAUGACCCGGCCAUGGAGGGGCAACGGCAGCGAGCCGGGCAGACUAGCCGCCUGCUGAUGAAGACGCCCUGGACGCGACAGGGGCCCGCGGCCGGGAGCAGAGCCAGCCACUGCUGCAGGGAUCGGGUGCCGCUGGCUCCCUUUGGCGGCAGCAGCAGCAGCAGCCGCAGCAGCAGUUCCCAGUUGGGACUGGGCGCCCUUCGCGUAGUAACCCCGCAUUGCUCGUAAUAUUGCGGCUCCGCGCGAAAGGGCCGACGCUGAGGAAAGGAAGGCGCGGGCACCCAGGUCGCAGCGAGGAGGAGGAGAAGGAGGAAGAAGAGAGAAAAAGGUGAGGGUGGAGGGGAGCAGGCAGCAGCAGCAGCAGCAGCAGCAACAACAACAACCAUGCUGCCCGGGGUGGGCGUGUUCGGCACCAGCCUGACCGCCCGGGUCAUCAUCCCGCUUCUAAAGGACGAGGGUUUCGCGGUCAAAGCGCUCUGGGGCCGCACUCAGGAAGAGGCGGAAGAGCUGGCCAAGGAGAUGAGCGUCCCCUUCUACACCAGCCGGAUAGACGAGGUCUUGCUGCAUCAGGAUGUGGAUUUGGUCUGCAUCAACCUGCCCCCUCCCCUGACCAGGCAGAUCGCCGUGAAAACUCUGGGGAUCGGGAAGAAUGUCAUUUGUGAUAGAACAGCCACUCCGCUGGAUGCCUUUCGGAUGAUGACAGCUGCCCACUAUUAUCCCAAGCUUAUGAGCAUCAUGGGCAACGUUCUCCGUUUCCUGCCUGCCUUUGUGAAGAUGAAGCAGCUGAUCCAAGAGGGCUAUGUGGGAGAACUGCUUGUGUGUGAGGUACAGGUUCACAGUGGGAGCCUGCUGGGGAAGAAAUAUAACUGGAGCUGUGAUGAUCUGAUGGGAGGUGGAGGGUUGCAUUCUGUUGGUACCUACAUCAUUGACCUCCUGACUUUCCUCACCAGUCAGAAAGCAGUGAAAGUUCAUGGACUUCUUAAGACCUUUGUGAAACAGACAGACCACAUUAAAGGAAUACGGCAAAUUACGAGUGAUGACUUCUGCACGUUUCAGAUGGUUUUAGAAGGUGGGGUGUGCUGCACUGUUACCCUUAAUUUCAACAUGCCAGGUGAAUUUAAACAAGAUAUUGUUGUGAUUGGAUCAAGCGGGCGGCUAACUGCAGUCGGCACUGAUUUGUAUGGACAAAGCAAUAACUCCCCACAGAAAGAGCUCCUCUUGAAGGAUUCUGCCCCAGUCAGCAAUGCCUUGUUACCUGAGAAGGCCUUCAGUGACAUCCCAUCUCCGUACCUCCGGGGUACCAUAAAGAUGGUACAAGCAGUCAGGGAGGCAUUUGAAGAUCAAGAUGACAGACGAACCUGGGACGGCCGGCCACUCACAAUGGCUGCAACUUUUGAUGAUUGUCUCUAUGCUUUGUGUGUGGUGGACACCAUUAAGAGGUCCAAUCAGCUAGGUGAAUGGCAGAACAUUGUGAUUAUGACUGAAGAACCAGAACUGAGUCCUGCUUACUUGAUCAGUGAAGCCAUGCGGCGGAGCAGGAUGUCUCUGUACUGCUAGAUUUUUGUCUUGUC